AUGUUUCCUCGGACCCCAGUAAUACGUCCGUCUGCACCCGUAACUAGUAUAUCAAACGUGAUUGAACAAAAUAAUCUUGACCCUUUAUAUCCGAUACUAUCUCCUCCUACAAAUGAUGACUUAUUACAUCCGGAAAAUUCCCAAAGUCGCGUCAUGAACAGUACCGCUAACCCAGCAGUUGACCCCGGCAACGUUUCCACAGCCCACGUAAGUGGUAUUCAACCUUUAGCUGAAUCUGAAUCGGCAAACAGUUCUACACAAGUAUUGCAGGGAGUUAUUCAACAGCUCCGCGCUGAAAUUCAAGCCAUGCGAGCAGCGCAACAAGGCUUGCCACCAACAUGUACAAGUACCACGUCACAUACAAACACCAUCCCGCUAAAUAGCAAUGUUCCUCCUGUAGAUUCAUUCGGGAAUAAUUUAACUUUUUACCCCCGUGAAUUGUUUCCAGUGUCGAACAUGCAACCAACACCUCAGCCCCCUCCACCGGGUAUACCACCAUACUUCUAUCCCCCGCCUCAGGCGCUCAACGGAGCUGCGAGUUUACCGUACGCGCCGCCACCAGUUCCACUACCACGACCAACAUUACCUCCACAGAGUACAGUCCCACCGGCACAGACUAUGUCAGCCCCUCCGCCGGGGCCACCGGUAUACUUCUAUACCCCGGUCCCACACGUACUGCAACAAAACACGUUACCGUACCAACACACUUACAUCGCUCCUAGACACUCUACAGCGCCUGUCCCCACACAGUCGUGGCAGAGCACUAACACAACGCUACGACUCAACGAUAUAUGCCGUACAGCCAAGUCUUGGAAUAUUACUUUUCCACCACGUGAUGCGUCAGUCAAAUUAGAUGCAAAGAAAUUCCUCACAGUAAUGGAACAACGCAUGGACAGUAAUGACAUCCCUAUUGACCACUUCAGAUCAGUAAUUACUACCACCUUAACUGGCCAUAUUUUAGAAUGGUAUUACCAAAAUGAACAUUUAUUUAUUAAUUGGCAAACUUUCAAAGAACAUUUCAAAAUUUGGCAAACACAUCAUUCAGACGAGGCACUGUUACAAGAGAUUUUCUCUUUACAGCAGGGUGAUGAAGAGUUAGGAAUAUCUUUUAUCAAUCGCAUGCAGUGUUCUUUUGCUCAAUUAGAGGAACCCCUUCCGGAAAAUAGACAAGUUCGGAUCAUAAUUCAAAAAUUUAAUUUUCAGUUCUUAUCUAAAUUUGCUGAAGAGCCCAUUAACACCUAUUCCCUAUUAUAUAAGCGCGUUAGUGCAUGGCAAUCGGUAAUAGAUGCAGGACGACGUAAUCGGACUGAACUAACAGCUAAUAAUAAAUCAAAAAAUCAGUCCAGUAAUAAUAGUUCGAAACCACGUACUAAGAUAAACGCCGUUACCGACUCAGACCCACUGAUUCGAGAUAAUCCCGAUACAGUCACGAAAAAUGACGAACGGACCAUACUUGAUGCUAUUACUGGUCCACCAAACCCUCAUUUUUCUCCAAAAAAGGAUUCUGCUAACCCUUCUACACUUACGACUGCAGAUCUACAAGCUAUAGUGCAACCGCAAGGUUAUAUAGGAACCCGACCACCUACUCAACCUUGGACCAUUAUUUCCAUUGAUACGAUCGGCCCUUAUACAAAAUCCUCCUCAGGUCACCAAUAUGCUCUAGUGAUUGAAGAUAUUUAUACUCGUUACCUCGAAAUCUUCCCUCUUAGACAACAGACAGGUAAAGAAAUCGUGAAACAUUUACGCAACGCACUCUGUCACUGGGGACCCGUACGUCAAAUCAUUUCUGACAACGCUCUUUGGAAAGCUCGUAUCGACCGCAUGGACGAACUACGACAUUUUGUUGAACGUUACAUGCUUAAAGCUCGGGAACGUACCCGUAAACAGCAUGAGAAACGAUUCUCAACUCAAUUAAUUGACCUAAAAAUUGGAGAUCAGGUAUAUUAUCUAAACAAACGCCUUAGUAAGAAAGUUGAUGGUUAUAGUGCCAAGUUAGCACCCAAAUAUGCAGGUCCAGCAGUAAUAACUGAAAUUGUAAGUCCAUUAGUUGUUAAAUUAGCAGAUUCAGCGGGUAAUAGCCUCGGCACACACUAUCUUAACGAUUUAAAAUUACCUCGUAGGUCUAAAAGACAUCCAUUGUCACAGAUUACUUCUGAGAAUACGUCAAUCAUGUCAUUGAGCGUAACACCAGAGUCUUUAAAUCGGGAAUCACUGAUUUCUGGUUCGUCGACUGAGACUCUCUACAAUAAUAAAACAUCAUCUCACACACACACACCUCAUUCAUUUCCAUCAUUAUCACUGCCCCCAACAACAACGUCAACGAAGAUUCAAACAUCAGAGAUCAUCACCCAACUCGACUUCAGCUUGAUACCCAAGCCAGCAGCAGUCAAGUUCGAUGCCAGUAAUGUUAUCCAAAAACCGAAAGAAACUAAUUCAGUUAACAGUAAAGUCAAUUUCAGGACUGAAACUUCACCAUCACCGAUAACUGAACCAGAGAAACUUUCCACAUUGUACUCAAGAUUUGAGGAACCUGCAGCUCAACCACCAAUAUGGGUUAGCGAACUUCUAGAUAGUAUCAACGAGCUUCACACAGAAACUCGUGAGAACACCGUGGAGAUCCAGAGCCUCCAAAAGAAUAUCCAGACAGUAGAGAAGCAUCUAUCCUCCCUACAGCACCAACAACUGGCUAAUCUAUCCAGUUACGUGCGAGAAGUAACCCAUAGUGUUGACACCAUCAAUCACCGAUUCGAUGUUAUCGAGCCUAAGAUGCAACUAAUAGAUCAGGAACCUCAGCCAAUCGCCGAGCCGGUUGCUGCAAAGUUUCCAGAGCAAGUACCUGAACACCAGCCUACGAUCUACGACGCUGGAAGUACUCCAAAUAAUAAGGCGGUGACACCAGUAUUGGCUAGCCAACUGGCAUCCGCCUGUGGACCCAACGCAAGGCUGAAAAUUCGACGUGAAACAUCAAAACCAUCUCCAAAAGGCGCUAAGUUUCCACCAUCCCCAUUUCUGACUCACCUGGCAGCACGGGGAGAGCUCCCAGCUGAGCAAGUCCGCGCUCAUGUAGCCACUGGGGCCAUCAAGGAAACAACGCCAGUGAAGCCGGUUAUGAUAACGUAUGCAACAACGUUACCGUACUCGCAAACAGUAUCAGCACCAAAAUACAACGUCUCGAUAUCUCCUACAGCCGCCUUUCAACAAUUCCUUAAGGAUACGGAAGCUGAAUUGACAGCUCAGACCACCAUCACUUCAGGGGCCGUUGCCAAGAUUGUGGAGUGUCCAUCCAACUUUUCGAUCCGCAGUGUAGACAUUGCAAUCAAUGCUGGACUGGUAAUACGUCCGUCUGCACCCGUAACUAGUAUAUCAAACGUGAUUGAACAAAAUAAUCUUGACCCUUUAUAUCCGAUACUAUCUCCUCCUACAAAUGAUGACUUAUUACAUCCGGAAAAUUCCCAAAGUCGCGUCAUGAACAGUACCGCUAACCCAGCAGUUGACCCCGGCAACGUUUCCACAGCCCACGUAAGUGGUAUUCAACCUUUAGCUGAAUCUGAAUCGGCAAACAGUUCUACACAAGUAUUGCAGGGAGUUAUUCAACAGCUCCGCGCUGAAAUUCAAGCCAUGCGAGCAGCGCAACAAGGCUUGCCACCAACAUGUACAAGUACCACGUCACAUACAAACACCAUCCCGCUAAAUAGCAAUGUUCCUCCUGUAGAUUCAUUCGGGAAUAAUUUAACUUUUUUUUUUUUUUUAUGA